AAUAAAGACAGGGGUCCAGCAAAGACUAAGCAAAGAUCUUCAUCUCCUCUGUUUCCACCCCUCACCCACCACGCCUCUCUCCCUUCCAUUUUCAGCUGCUGAUUUUGCAGAGAAAUCAAUGGCGAGUGGUUAUGGGGAUUCGAGCCAGAAGAUAGAUUAUGUAUUCAAAGUGGUGUUAAUCGGUGAUUCAGCUGUAGGGAAGUCUCAGAUACUAGCUAGAUUUGCUCGUAACGAAUUUAGCCUCGAUUCUAAAGCAACAAUUGGGGUUGAAUUCCAGACACGAACACUUGUGAUACAGCACAAGUCUGUUAAAGCUCAGAUCUGGGAUACUGCUGGUCAAGAACGAUAUAGAGCUGUCACAAGCGCAUACUACAGGGGAGCUGUUGGAGCUAUGUUAGUUUAUGACAUAACAAAACGCCAAACAUUUGAUCACAUACCCCGUUGGCUGGAAGAGUUGCGCGCACAUGCUGAUAGGAAUAUCGUGAUCAUUCUGAUCGGAAACAAAACAGAUCUCAAAGACCAACGAGCUGUCCCUACCGAGGAUGCUAUGGAGUUUGCUCAGAAAGAAGGAUUGUUUUUCUUAGAGACUUCUGCAUUGGAAGCGACAAACGUGGAGGAUGCAUUCUCAACUGUGUUGACAGAGAUCUUCAACAUCGUAAACAAGAAGAAUCUUGCUGCAGAUGAGAAUCAGUCUAAUGGGAAUCCUGCAUCUUUAUCUGGGAAGAAGAUUCUUGUACCUGGUCCUGCACAAGUCAUCCCAGAAAAGAAAGCAUGUUGUAGAUCUUGAAAUAUCGGGAUUCGGCGUUUCUUUAACUUUUUCAGGUGAAAAUUUUUGAGUAUUAAAGCUUCAUAGUUUCACUGAGAGUAAUUCUUGAAAAUUUCAUGUAUUUGGUUGUAAAUUCAUUUUGUUUUUGUGAUGUUUUUUAAUGAAAGGAAAUGUUUAGAUUGUUCUCUGUGUGGAAUGAGGACUGAGGACAACAGCAGCAGAGUAUAUGUGCUUUUACAAGUUAUAAUAUGUUUGUUGUUAGCUUCA